GGCAGAGUGCCAUCAAAGGUGAUUACAGAGACAGUAAAGUUCUUUUAUGCCAGGCAAAACAAAAUGCUGGGUAUCUCAUAGUGUUUCAGAACCUGAUUUCAAAAGGAUCAUACAGCUAGAAAAUAAAAUUUAGCAUGGUGGACCGUUCUACAGGAUAUAUUUGUCAAUGGAAUUUUUCCAUAAUCAUACUACUAACAUGAGAAAAAAAUGAUUGUUAUUGAUUUGAAAUUUGACAAAAUUCCAAAAGCUACCUUUUCUCUUCUCAAUUUAGAGAAAAAUGAGCAGUUGGAAUUGUUGGAUUUGCAAGAUGGGCAGAGAUGAAUCUAAGAGGCUUCCUUCAAACAUUACUUUGGAGGAAGUAUUACAGUGGGGCCAGUCUUUUGAAAAGCUGAUGGCUACAAAAUAUGGUCCAGUGGUCUAUACAGCAUACUUAAAAAUGGAGCACAGUGACGAGAAUAUUAAAUUCUGGAUGGCCUGUGAAACCUAUAAGAAAACUGCCUCACGGUGGAGCAGAAUUUCUAGGGCAAGAAAACUUUAUAAGAUUUACAUCCAGCCACAGUCCCCUAGAGAGAUUAACAUUGACAGUUCAACAAGAGAAACUAUCAUCAGGAAUAUUCAAGAACCCACUCAAACGUGUUUUGAAGAGGCUCAAAGGAUAGUGUAUAUGCACAUGGAAAGGGAUUCCUAUCCCAGAUUUCUAAAGUCAGAAAUGUACCAGAGACUUUUGAAGACUAUUCCGUCCAACAACAAUUCCUAACUAUCACUCAAAAGUAUAAAUUGAAAACGGCGCAUUGAAAGUGCUGGCUUUGUUUCUUUAAUUAACACAUACACACACACACACACACACACACACCA